GCGUUAGCGGGCCUGGGCGUGAUGCUACUGAUGAUUCCUCUCAACAGCUGGUUGGUUCGUCAAGCGAGGAAGUUGAGAGUUCAACAGAUGAAAUACAAAGACGAGAGGAUCAAAAUAAUGAACGAAGUACUUUCCAGUAUUAAAGUCUUAAAACUAUAUGCCUGGGAAGAAAGCUUUGAAGAAAAAAUAACCAAAAUUAGACAGAAUGAAAUCAAAGUUUUGAAAACUGCUGCAAUCUUCAAUAGCAUGAUCCAUUUUUGUUAUACUAUCACACCAUACUUUGUAGCAGUUUCAUCUUUUACCUGCUUUGUGCUUCAUGAUGAACACAACAUCCUAGAUGCCCAGACAGCGUUUGUGUCUCUUGCACUCUUUUACAUUUUGAGGCUACCUCUGAAUAUGUUUUCGCAAAUGCUAAACCAUUUGGCCACAGCAUCUGUAGCUUUGAAGAGAAUCGACAAAUUUUUAAGUAGUGAAGAGCUCGACGCUACGUCAGUAACUCAUGAUCCUACUGAACAUGAUGAGGUGGUGAUAGAAAACGGAACCUUCUCCUGGGAUGGUUCUGAUGUCAACGAGAUCAUUAUACGGGACAUCUACUUGAGGGUUCCUCCGGGAAUGCUGGUUGCCGUUGUGGGUUCGGUAGGAUCCGGCAAGUCUUCCUUACUGUCUGCCGUCCUGGGAGAGAUGAACAAAAUCUCCGGAAGAGUGAAUACAAAAGGUAAAAUAGCUUAUGUGCCACAACAAGCGUGGAUUCAGAACAUGAGUCUGAGGGCAAACAUCACGGGACAGCUAGAGUUUGACAGGGCAGCGUACAGAAGAGUGGUGAAGGCUUGCGCUCUGCAGCAUGAUAUCCACAUGCUGCCAGCUGGUGAUCUCACAGAAAUUGGUGAAAAGGGCAUCAACCUGAGUGGAGGACAGAAGCAGAGGGUCAGUCUUGCCCGAGCUGUCUACUCCAAGGCAGACUUGUAUUUGCUGGACGACCCACUGAGUGCAGUUGACUCCCAUGUCGGCAAACACAUCUUUGAGAAUGUCAUUGGCCCCGGUGGAGUUCUCUCCAAAACGACAAGAUUGUUGGUUACACAUGGGGUCAGUUUUCUGGCGGAGGCUGAUUUGAUAGUGGUGAUGAAGCAAGGCCGCAUCUCAGAGUGCGGAACUUACAAACAGCUGAUUGCUAACAAGGGUGACUUUGCUGACUUUCUGCUCCAGUACUUGGAAGAUGCUCAGGACUCUGAUGAAGACAACGGCAUGGGGGAAAUGCGAGAAGAACUGAUGAAAGAUGCAUCUUUGCGAGACAGAUACAUACGAGCAAUAUCUGCCAGGAGUGAGGAGUCUAUCAAACUGAAUAGGCAACUGUCUGCAAAAUCAAACACAUCCAGUGAAACUGCGCUGAAUGAAUCUAAAACGUCCCUGAACAAUGAGAAGAUGGAUGUCAAGAAUCAUAGAAAACUCAUGACAGUAGAGGAGUCUGAAACUGGAAGUGUGAAGCUCAGUGUGUUUUUCUACUACCUGAAGUCUAUUGGAUUAUUGAUGGCUGCCACAGCUGUAUGUAGUGCAGUCCUCUGCCAGAUGUUCUUAUUGUCUACAAACCAAAUGCUGUCCAAGUUUAUACAUAUAUUUUAUAUCCUCCAAGUGAAGCUCAGUGUGUUUUUCUACUACCUGAAGUCUAUUGGAUUUUUGAUGGCUGCCACAGCUGUAUGUGGUGCAGUCUUCUGCCAGAUGUUCUUAGUGUCUACAAACCUAAUGCUGUCCAAGUUUAUACAUAUAUUUUAUAUCCUCCAGGUGAAGCUCAGUGUGUUUUUCUACUACCUGAAGUCUAUUGGAUUAUUGAUGGAUGCCACAGCUGUAUGUAGUGCAGUCCUCUGUCAGAUGUUCUUAUUGUCUACAAACCUAAUGCUGUCCAAGUUUAUACAUAUAUUUUAUACCCCCCAGGUGAAGCUCAGUGUGUUUUUCUACUACCUGAAGUCUAUUGGAUUAUUGAUGGCUGCCACAGCUGUAUGUAGUGCAGUCCUCUGCCAGAUGUUCUUAUUGUCUACAAACCUGAUGCUGUCCAAGUUUAUACAUAUAUUUUAUAUCCUCCAGGUGAAGCUCAGUGAAGCUCAGUGUGUUUUUCUACUACCUGAAGUCUAUUGGAUUAUUGAUGGCUGCCACAGCUGUAUGUGGUGCAGUCCUCUGCCAGAUGUUAUUAUAUCUACAAACCUAAUGCUGUCCAAGUUUAUACAGGUGAAGCUCAGUGUGUUUUUCUACUACCUGAAGUCUAUUGGAGUUUUGAAGGCUGCCACAGCUGUGAAGCUCAGUGUGUUUUUCUACUACCUGAAGUCUAUCGGAUUAUUGAUGGCUGCCACAGCUGUAUGUGGUGCAGUCCUCUGCCAGAUGUUCUUAUUGUCUACAAACCUGAUGCUGUCCAAGUUUAUACAUAUAUUUUAUAUCCUCCAGGUGAAGCUCAGUGUGUUUUUCUACUACCUGAAGUCUAUUGGAUUAUUGAUGGCUGCCACAGCUGUAUGUGGUGCAGUCCUCUGCCAGAUGUUCUUAUUGUCUACAAACCUAAUGCUGUCCAAGUUUAUACAUAUAUUUUAUAUCCUCCAGGUGAAACUCAGUGAGUUUGUCUACUACCUGAAGUCUAUUGGAUUAUUGAUGGCUGCCACAGCUGUAUGUGGUGCAGUCCUCUGCCAGAUGUUCUUAGUGUCUACAAACCUGAUGUUGUCCAAGUUUAUACAUUUAUUUUAUACCCUCCAGGUGAAGCUCAGUGUGUUUUUCUACUACCUGAAGUCUAUUGGAUUAUUGAUGGCUGCCACAGCUGUAUGUGCUGCAGUCCUCUGCCAGAUGUUCUUAUUGUCUACAAACCUGAUGCUGUCCAAGUUUAUACAUAUAUUUUAUAUCCUCCAGGUGAAGCUCAGUGUGUUUUUCUACUACCUGAAGUCUAUUGGAUUAUUGAUGGAUGCCACAGCUGUAUGUGGUGCAGUCCUCUGCCAGAUGUUCUUAGUGUCUACAAACCUGAUGCUGUCCAAGUUUAUACAUAUAUUUUAUAUCCUCCAGGUGAAGCUCAGUGUGUUUUUCUACUACCUGAAGUCUAUUGGAUUAUUGAUGGCUGCCACAGCUGUAUGUGGUGCAGUCCUCUGCCAGAUGUUCUUAUUGUCUACAAACCUGAUGCUGUCCAAGUUUAUACAUAUAUUUUAUACCCUCCAGGUGAAGCUCAGUGUGUUUUUCUACUACCUGAAGUCUAUUGGAUUAUUGAUGGCUGCCACAGCUGUAUGUGCUGCAGUCCUCUGCCAGAUGUUCUUAUUGUCUACAAACCUGAUGCAGUCCAAGUUUAUACAUAUAUUUUAUAUCCUCCAGGUGAAGCUCAGUGUGUUUUUCUACUACCUGAAGUCUAUUGGAUUAUUGAUGGCUGCCACAGCUGUAUGUGGUGCAGUCCUCUGCCAGAUGUUCUUAUUGUCUACAAACCUAAUGCUGUCCAAGUUUAUACAUAUAUUUUAUAUCCUCCAGGUGAAACUCAGUGAGUUUGUCUACUACCUGAAGUCUAUUGGAUUAUUGAUGGCUGCCACAGCUGUAUGUGGUGCAGUCCUCUGCCAGAUGUUCUUAGUGUCUACAAACCUGAUGUUGUCCAAGUUUAUACAUAUAUUUUAUAUCCUCCAGGUGAAGCUCAGUGUGUUUUUCUACUACCUGAAGUCUAUUGGAGUUUUGAUGGAUGCCACAGCUGUAUGUGGUGCAGUCCUCUGCCAGAUGUUCUUAUUGUCUACAAACCUAAUGCUGUCCAAGUUUAUACAUAUAUUUUAUAUCCUCCAGGUGAAGCUCAGUGUGUUUUUCUACUACCUGAGGUCUAUUGGAGUUUUGAUGGCUGCCACAGCUGUAUGUGGUGCAGUCCUCUGCCAGAUGUUCUUAGUGUCUACAAACCUGAUGUUGUCCAAGUGGUCCAGUGAUAAGUCUACUACAGUCAAUGGUACCCAAGUCGCUGAUAAGACACAUUGGUACCUAGGCGUUUACGCAGCCUUGGGAAUCGGACAAGUUGUGACCAGUGUGAUGUCGAACAUGUGUCUGUUGCUCGGUUGUGUCGCAGCCUCCAGGUUUCUCCACUGCUCCAUGUUGCGGAGAGUUUUGCGAGCUCCGAUGAGUUUCUUCGACACAACGCCGCUGGGUCGGAUCAUCAAUCGCUUCAGCCGAGACAUUGACAUCUGCGAUACUCAACUCUGUUAUAAUCUGCAACAGUUUUUAAACUUUUCCGUGCAGACUAUCGCUAUAAUUGGGGUGAUAACGUACACUACACCACCAUUUAUUUUGGCCAUCAUACCAAUCUUCAUCAUAAACUUUUAUUUCCAGAGACUCUACGUUGCAACGUCAAGACAGUUGAAGAGACUGGAGUCUACGACUCGUUCUCCGAUAUACUCUCAUUUUGGGGAAACAAUUCAAGGCAAGUUACCCAACACAGUGGUACAUAAUGAUGAAUUGGACUUACCUUCAGAUCACAUGUCCAAAAAAUACUCCUUUGGAAAGCCUUUCAAAGUACUGAUACCAGAUAGGAAGGAUUGGUCUGGCGGAAAAGGACCCAUACCCACAGGACACUCAGGCAUUAAAGGAAAUGAAGCUGCAGACAGAUUGGCAAAUACUGCCUCUGCGACAUCAUUGUUAGGCCCGCAACCCUUCUGUGGCAUCUCACGAAACAGUGUAUGUUCUGCGAUUGCGUCAUGGGCCAAGGAAAAGCAUCGCAAACGCUGGGUCGAUGUUCCCCUUCUUAGGAGACUCUACGUUGCAACGUCAAGACAGUUGAAGAGACUGGAGUCUACGACUCGUUCUCCGAUAUACUCUCAUUUUGGGGAAACAAUUCAAGGAGCUCAGUCGAUAAGAGCCUAUGGCCUGCAAGAAGCCUUCACGUUGGAGUGUGAAAGAAGGAUUGACUUUCAUCAAAAGUGUGCCUAUUCUGGCUACAUCGCUCAGAGGUGGUUAUCAUUUCGUCUGGAAGUUGUUGGUAAUUUGAUAGUGUUGUUUGCUGCAUUGUUUGCUGUUCUUUCUCGGGGCUCUUUAGACUCUGGGAUGGCUGGCCUGUCUGUUAUGUACGCAUUACAGGUGAUAAUAACAUUAAACUUUUUCACCCGAAUGACAGCGGAUGUAGAGACAAACUUAGUUUCUGUGGAGAGAAUCAAAGAGUACAGCAACGUCAAACAGGAGGCAGAAAGGAUUGGAGACCCUGGCGUUGAACCCUCGUGGCCGGCCAAGGGUAGGAUUGAGUUCCAGAACUACAGUGUGAGAUACAGAGAAGGACUGGACCUAGUGUUGAAAGGGGUGUCCUUUACAGUCCUGCCAGGGGAAAAGGUAGGUAUCGUAGGGCGUACAGGUGCAGGCAAGUCAUCGUUGACUCUGGCUCUGUUCCGACUUCUAGAGGCGGCUGAGGGCGCCAUCAUCAUAGAUGGACGAGACAUCGCCACCGUGGGACUGCAACAACUACGUAGCAAACUCACCAUCAUACCGCAGGAUCCUGUCCUACUGUCCGGGACUCUACGUCACAAUCUGGAUCCGUUUGAUGAAGCAUCAGAUGAAACUCUGUGGAAGGUCCUUGAACUGUCAAACCUCAAGCCAUUUGUCAAGACUUUACCAUCAGGGCUCCACCAUCAUAUCAGCGAGAGCGGCGAUAACCUCAGUGUAGGUCAGAAGCAGUUGGUGUGCCUAGCUCGAGCGUUGUUGCGGAAAACAAAAGUGUUGGUUUUGGACGAGGCGACCGCAGCGGUGGAUUUGGAAACUGACAAUAUUAUCCAACAAACCAUCCGCAGAGAGUUCAAGAGCUGCACAGUGUUGACAAUCGCACACAGACUGCAGACCAUCAUGGACUAUGACAGGAUUUUGGUGAUGGAGAAUGGGAGAGUGGCAGAGUAUGAAAAUCCAAAAACAUUACUACAAAAUUCAAAAUCUAUAUUUUACCACAUGGUACAAGAUGCUGGUAUAGUGGCAUGACAUGGUUUGUUUUUUAACCACUUACUUACCUAUUUUCUUUAGGGCAUUUAUUAUCAGUAUAUUACACUAUCUAUUAUAUUAGAGAUCAUGAGUUUUAUAAACCAAAAUUAUGAAGUACACCCUAGUUAGUACUUAAUUUACAUAACCGAGUGCCUUAUGAGGUUACAUUUGAAGACAAUAAACUGUUUAAUGACAACUUUU